AUUUUUUUUAAUAAAAAUAUAGAAAACUUUCUUUCUUGUAGAGUCAUUCUUAGUGGUCUAAGGCAGUUGUUUUUGUUUCAUUUUUUGCUUUAUCUGCCAUUCAUCGUUGGAUCCUAUCCUAUCAACAAAUUAGAUAUUUGAAAACUACUGACAUCAAAUUUUAUCUCAUUUGGUACUUUUGUGUUUCUCGUCUGAGCCCUAACGUGACAUCAAAAAGAAGAAAAUGGGAGGAGGCAGGGCAGAAGUCAAAGAUUUCUCGUGAGGGGAACUUGGAGAAGCAAAAAGACGCCGCCGAGGGUAAACUUUCAGUCUGGUCAAUCUGAUUCUACUAUCUCUCUGUUUUUCUCCAUAACACUGAUGCUGCUAACUAUCAAAUUGGAAUCACAGAAAGAGAUUGAAUAGGGUUAGAAAAGAUUCAGAGAACAACAGAAGAACAGAAGGCAUAGAAUUGCAACUGAGUAACUGCCCCUCAAAUUUUCCGACUUGCACAAUUGCUGAAUUAACUUUUCCAAAACGCAACGCAUGACUGAUGUUGAGUUUACGGCAGAAGAUGAAUUGAUGGAGAUUAUGCCUAAUAUGAGAAUGGAUUCUCUCAAUUUCAUCUGUGAUUAUUUUGGUCCCUUCUUCUGUCAAAUAUCCGUUAAAGUGCUGGAGUGGCACACCGUGGCUUUGAAGAAGAGAGGAAAACGCACAAUUCGGCCUCCUCAGUGGAUCCCCGUCGAAAAUUUAACCCAGGAUUUGGAGGCAGAACGAGAAGAUCAAGGGACAUUUCAGUAAUUGAGUGGUUCAGAUUGUACACUGCGGCAUUCUAUGGAACUUGGAGAUUAGCAAUUAGAGUUUCAAUAUUUUUUAUGUCAAGCCUGCAAACGAGGAGGAUCUAACUGAAGUGAUAACAUCUGCAAAAUCCCACCCUACUCAUUGUAAUUUGUUAGCAUUUAGCAGUUUAAAAGGCUCAAGACAGCUUAUUGAUUUGUGACAGUCAGCUUUUGUGUUUUUGAUACGAACCUUAGGAGAAUCACACUUCAAAAACUAGUUAUUGAGAUGAGAGAGUCCAAAACUAUAUAAACCCCACAUUAGUUGUCCAUAUUUUCCAAUGCGGGAUCCAAGUUUCAUACCUUGCACUUAGGAUCCUAACAGUUUUUCAUGCUAAAUUAUAAGUGUUUCUGUUGGUUUUGUUCUUUUAAUAUCUUUUGUGGUAGAACGAAUAAAAAAGGUGGAUAUAUCAUUGGCUUGGACACAUUUACUUUUGGAAGAUAGGGAAAAGUAUCUGUUCAGUUAUGUUAUUGGAUAGAAAUUUGCUUCCAGUUUCCUCUAAUAUCCUUUGUACACAGGUUCAAGGAACAGGAGGCACCUGAUUCUUGAUUAUUUUUCACAAAGAUAAUUGCUUCAAUCUCAAAUAUUAAAUUUGC